AUGGCGGACGAGGACGGUGAGGGGAUCCACCCGGCGGCGCCUCACAGGGACGGCGGCGGGGGCGGCGGCGGUGGCGUGGGGGGCCCGCGCGUGGUCCGCAUCGUGAAGUCGGACAGCGGCUACGGCUUCAACGUGCGGGGCCAAGUCAGCGAGGGCGGCCAGCUGAGGAGCAUCAAUGGCGAGCUGUACGCGCCGCUGCAGCACGUGAGCGCCGUCCUGCCCGGGGGCGCGGCGCACCGCGCCGGAGUCCGAAAGGGGGACCGCAUCCUCGAGGUGAACGGCGUGAACGUGGAAGGGGCCACGCACAAGCAGGUGGUGGACCUGAUCCGGGCGGGCGAGAAGGAGCUGAUCCUGACGGUGCUGUCGGUGCCCGCCCACGAGGCCGACGGGCUCGACCCCAGCGAGGACGCCCUGGGCCAGUCCUACGACUACACGGAGAAGCAGGCCGUGCCCAUCUCCGUGCCCACCUACAAGCACGUCGAGCAGAACGGCGAGAAGUUUGUGGUGUACAACGUUUACAUGGCGGGGCGCCAGCUGUGUUCCAAGCGCUACCGCGAGUUCGCCAUCCUGCACCAGAACCUGAAGCGGGAAUUCUCCAACUUCACCUUCCCGCGCCUGCCCGGCAAGUGGCCCUUCUCCCUGUCCGAGCAGCAGCUGGACGCACGGAGGCGGGGCCUGGAGGAGUACAUGGAGAAAGUCUGCUCCACACGGGUCAUCGGCGAGAGCGACAUCGUGCAGGAGUUCUUGUCCGAGUCCGAUGAGAACUACAACGGCGUGUCGGACGUGGAGCUGAGGGUGGCGAUGCCAGACGUCACCACCGUCACCGUGCGCGUGCGGAAGAACAGCACCACCGACCAGGUGUAUCAGGCCAUCGCGGCGAAGGUGGGCAUGGACAGCCUGACGGUGAACUACUUUGCCCUGUUCGAAGUAAUCAAUCACUCCUUCGUGCGUAAACUGGCCCCCAACGAAUUCCCCCACAAGCUCUACAUCCAGAACUACACGUCCGCCGUGCCGGGCACCUGCCUCACCGUCCGCAAGUGGCUCUUCACCACGGAGGAGGAAGUGCUCCUCAAUGACAACGACCUCGCCGUCACCUACUUUUUCCACCAGGCCGUGGAUGACGUGAAGAGAGGUUACAUCAGAGCGGAGGAGAAGUCGUACCAGUUACAGAAACUGUCGGAGCAGAGGAAGAUGGUCAUGUAUCUCAACAUGCUGCGGACGUGUGAGGGUUACAACGAAAUCAUCUUCCCCCACUGCUCCUGCGACUCGCGGAGGAAAGGCCACGUCAUCACGGCCAUCAGCAUCAAGCACUUUAAGCUCCACGCCUGCACGGAGGAGGGGCAGCUGGAGAACCAGGUCAUAGCGUUUGAGUGGGACGAGAUGCAGCGGUGGGACACGGACGAGGAGGGGAUGGCGUUCUGCUUCGAGUAUGCGCGAGGAGAGAAGAAACCGCGAUGGGUGAAGAUCUUCACCCCAUACUUCAACUACAUGCACGAGUGCUUUGAGAGGGUGUUCUGCGAGCUCAAGUGGAAGAAAGAGAACAUCUUCCAGAUGACCAGGUCACAGCCACGGGACAUGACCACCUAGCACAUCCCUCCCCUCCACCCCCCCCAAAAUAAUCCCUGUCACUCCUGUCCAUGCUCCCCACGGCCCCCACUCCCAUCCCCCGGUCAGGCUGAAUAACCAUUAACACUUACAAAAAAAAAAAAAAAAAA